ACUGACACUGCAGCUUGCACUCAGUCCGGAAUUUACACCUUAUACAAACAGCACGCGGAUUGCAAUUACUCAGAAUGCCGUACAGACCAGCAAGCUAUUACGAUGCCGACCUCAAGAUUUGGAGCGGUGGGCAAUUGGAAUACUACUUUGACCCACAUCUGUCCAUCGGGGAGAUAAUAUUCCACGAGAUGCAGAGGCAUUCACAGCUCAUCGCUCAGAUCUCGGCUACGGAGAACACGAUACUGACCAGGGCGGAACUCCAGGCCAACUCGAUGCACAUUGCCAGCUAUAUGCGAUCUUUGGGCCUCCUUCAAUCUGAUAUAGUGGGCAUUAUAGCGAGGAAUACUACCCACAUUUCAGCAGUGGUCUACGCAUGCUUCUUCAACGGAAUUGCAUUUCACUCGCUUAACAUCUCAUAUGAACAAAGUACAAUCGAAAAGCUCUUUAGCAUCACCAAGCCACAAAUUAUUUUUUGUGAUGGGGAUGAGUUCGAAAAGGUCCGAUCUGCCACGGCACAACUGGAUGUAAAGAUAAUCACCAUGCGUAAUCAUCCAUCGGGAUCUAUACGGAUCGAUCAAGUCUUGACAACUCCCAUUGAGAAAAACUUCCAGCCAGUACGACUGGAACAGGGCAACGAUCAAACUCUGGCCAUUCUCUGCUCCUCAGGCACAACGGGAAUCCCAAAGGCUGUGACAAUUACCAACAGUCGACAGAUCCUUAACUCCAGCCAUUCCUUAACCACCAACGACGUUCAGUACAGCCACAGUUCUCUCGACUGGAUCACGGGUCUGCUAACCACUGUAACAUCCGGGGUCUUCAGCACCAAACGUAUCAUAGCAGAUAAUAUCUUCGAUCCGGAGUUUUUUAUGCGACUCGUAGAAGAGCACCAGAUCACGUGGAUAAUUCAGGCCCCAUCCCACAUGGCCAUGAUGGUCAACUCUCCCGCGUUCACCACAUGCGACUUGUCGAGCUUGCGGUACUAUCUCUUUGGGGGAUCACGGGCUUCGGUAGAGACACAGCAUCGGAUCAGGAGUCGCCUGAGCAAGGACUGCCUACACUUUGCCUACGGCUUUACAGAACUGGGCAGCAUGGCCGCCUUGAACUUUCACUUCGAUGAGAAGCCGAACUCGGUGGGUCGUUUGGUGGCGGGAGUUAAGCUUAAAGUGACCUGUGAAAAGGGUGAAUCCCUCGGUCCCGAUGAGGUGGGUGAGCUGUGCCUCUGGAAUGGUCAAUUCUGGGCCGGAUACUAUGGCAAUCCGGAGGAAACACACAAGAUGAGAGACCCCCAGAAGUGGUUCCACACGGGGGACCUCGGCUACGUGGAUGAAGAUGGCUUCAUAUACAUUGUGGAGCGCAAGAAGGACAUGCUGAAGUAUCAGAACAUCAUGUACUAUCCCAACGAUAUCGAGAGCGUCAUCGCAAAGAUGCCAGACGUGGCCGAGGUCUGUGUGUUCGGGGUGUGGAAUGAGAUAAACGGGGAUGAGGCCACCGCCGCCGUGGUCAAGAAGCGGGGGAGUGCUCUUACGGCCCAGGACAUUGUAAACUAUGUGGCCACUCAAAUCGAUGCUAAGUACAAGCAAUUGAACGGUGGAGCCAUCAUUGUGGAUGAUCUGGUGCGCAGCCCCAAUGGGAAAACCAACCGCAUGGCGAACAAAGCAUAUUUCUUGGAGGGCAAAAGUUCUGGAAAAUAAGACAAAAUCUAGGUUACAAAUCCAAAGUUUUUAUUCAAUUAGAACUUGUAAAUAGAUUGUUAAAUGAAUUGGUUUUAUUACAAUUAUGUCAAUUUCAUACUAUAAAGUAGUCGAAUUUCGAAUUAA